AUGGAAGCCAAACCACCUACUCUGACACCUAAAGCGCAACGACGCCAGGUCCAAAGAAGCAGCAAUGGAUGCUGGACGUGUAAGAAGCGUAAGAAGAAGUGUGACGAAACAUAUCCUCUGUGUCAAAGAUGUAUCAAAGCUAAGAUCACAUGUUUUGGCUACGGAGAGAAACCAGCAUGGUUUGAACGUAAAUCCAAUUCAAAGUCCAGGAAACCAAACGAUGGAGCCGCGGGCGGUUUACACCUGGCCGCGACGUCGGCUUUCCCAUAUUCGAUUUUCGCGAACGAUGCUGCUGGGUCGGGUCCCACUGUGUCGGAUGGUUUAUUGGACAAGACUGCUAGAUUGAAAAAUCACGAGGCAGAGUUACUCUUGUACUACUUGGAAUUCGUGUUUCCUUUACAAUGGCAGUAUUAUAAAGGUUCUUUUAGUUGGCUGUUGCCUCUAUUAAGGCAAUCCAAACCUCUGUAUCAGGCUGUCUUGUCUAUGUCUUCCUUACUAGUAACUCUGCCAUUGCAAGAGCCUUCUUUUACUAUAGAUAAUGAGACUCAGACGCAACAUCAGCUGGCUCUACAAGAAUUGCGAAAUACGAUUACUUUUGCUCAAGCUGAAUCUGGCGAUGGCCUCGUGAAGAUGGAAGGGGCCAGCCCUGAUAUUGAGGGUACUGGUGGUGCUGGCGGAUCAGAUACUGCUCCUACUACCACUGGUGAUGAUGAUAUUGAUCCUAGUAUCACUGGACAAACAGUUGCUGCUGCUGCAGUGGCUGUGGCCACCGCUGCUCCACCGCCACCAAGUUCAUCCACAGCUUCAGCGAUGUUACUUCCUGGCAUCCAUUCUUUAGUUGCCAAUGUUAUGCUGUUGUCAUUUGAAUUAUUUCAAGGAGGAUAUCAAAACUGGCAACAGCAUAUUGUCACUGGUAGUGCACUUGUGUCGAUGAUGACUAGUGCUGGUACCCAGCCUGUGGAAUCAGAGGCGGAAACUUUCCUCGUAUCGGCUAUGAUUUGGAUGGAACUAGUUUCCACUGGUACCACUGGUUUGCCGUGUCCAUCGAGCUCUUUCCUGGACAAAUUGUUAGAGACGUCUCCAGACCUAGUUCCACUGGAGCAGAUAAUGGGAUGCAAGACAAAAGUUCUAGUACAAUUGAAUGAAGUUGCAAAACUCAACGCUCUCAAGAUUGAUCGAAUGGGCGAGUUUAAAUACACUCGACCAUUAUUGUCACUUUCCAGUGAAGUCAGUGACCGUGCAGAACUGGAUGGUAAUGCUGGUGAUGUGUCAGACUCUACUAGCGCUGAAGUCACUGCCACAGCAAGUGAGGCUCUAUCAGCUCUUAUUGUAUCAGAAAUCACGGAACGAGCUGAAGUGAUAAAACGAGAACUUGAAUUUGCACUAACGGACUCUCUUACAACUGACUCUACCUUGAUUGAAAACACUACAAGACUGUAUGCACUUGCUAUUUUGAUUUACUUGUAUGGUAUCACUUCUGGCUUCUAUCCAGAGAGUACUGAAAUUUCGAAUGCUGUGGAGAGAGGUAUUAUCAUUCUGAACAACAUUCCACCAAAGUACUAUCGAAGUCUGGUGCUGCCAAUUUGUAUUAUAGGGUCGAUGGCAAAGCCACACUUUCACGAUUUUUUCGAGGCAGUAUUUGGCAAUGACGCUCAUCAACUGGCUUUUGGUAACGUUAGUCAAGUACGUAAAGUCAUCAAACACACAUGGAUCUUGCGAAAUACUCUAGCUGCCGUCACCGCAGAACAAGGGUUUGCGAGCAGCGAACACGCUCGUACAGACGUCAACUGGUUUGAUUCGAUGAAAGAUCUUAAUAUUCUUGUAUUACUCGUAUAA